CCCAUUGCCUAUCGCAACGCAGGAUGAACUAGUGGGAACAGAAACACUAUGGCUGCCAGUCUCUCCCUGACUCAGCUUUCGAGUGGGAAUCCUGUCUAUGAGAAAUACUAUCGACAGGUAGAUCCGUCCGGCAGUGGGCGUGUAGGAGCAGCUGAUGCGGCCUUAUUUUUAAAGACAUCUGGCCUUACAGACCUGGUUCUUGGCAAGAUAUGGGACUUGGCAGAUUCAGAUCGCAAAGGCUUGCUAAACAAGCAGCAAUUUUAUGUCGCCCUCCGUUUGGUGGCAUGCGCUCAGAAUGGACUUGAAGUGUCUCUUAAGAGCUUAAAUACUGCUGUCCCUCCCCCAAAGUUUCAUGACACUAGCAGUCCUCUUCAGUUUGGCUCCGUGCCCACGGACUGCCCAUGGGUUGUCAAGGCAGAGGAGAAGCUGAAAUUCGAUGCCAUCUUUGACAGCCUCUCUCCAGUGGGCGGCAUGCUCACGGGCGAUAAGGUCAAACCAGUGCUCCUUAAUUCUAAACUCCCUGUGGACGUUCUUGGCAGGGUUUGGGAGCUCAGUGACAUUGACAGAGAUGGUAUGCUGGACAAGGAUGAGUUUGCUGUGGCCAUGCAUUUGGUAUACAGAGCCCUGGAGUCUGAACCAGUUCCCAUGUCUCUGCCUGCCACUCUGAUUCCACCAUCAAAACGGAAAAAAGUAGCCUCACCUCCUGUGAUGCCCCUCCUACCAUCACCAGCGCAGCAUAAAGAGAGAGCCUCCGCCCAAUCUGGAUCUAAAACACUGCCAGCAAAACCUACACCACCACAGUGGGUGGUAUCUCCGGCAGAAAAAGCCAAAUAUGAUGACUUAUUCACCAAGACAGACAGUGACAUGGAUGGCUUGGUAUCUGGUACUGAGGUCCGAGAUAUAUUUCUAAAGACUGGUUUGCCAUCUGCCACUUUGGCCCGCAUUUGGGAGCUUUGUGAUAUAGGAGACGUCGGGAAGCUGACCCGAGAUCAGUUUGCAUUAGCUCUAUAUUUAAUCAACCAGAAGCUGUCAAAGGGAAUAGACCCACCCCAGACACUCUCUCCAGAAAUGAUCCCUCCUUCUGAUAGACUGGCGCGACAGAACAACGCUGUGACAGUACAGGCUGCCGAUUUCUCCGCAAUUAAAGAGUUGGACUCACUCACUAAUGAAAUCAUGGACCUACAAAAGGAGAAGAGCGUGGUGGAACAGGACAUCAAAGAGAGGGAGGAAACUAUAAGACAAAGGACCAGCGAAGUCCAGGACCUGCAGGAGGAGGUUCAGAAGGGCUCGGAGGAACUGAGCCGGCUGCAGGCGGAGCGACAGGAGGUGCAGGAGAAGCUGGAGAGGCUGGACGAGCAGAAACGCUCUCUAGAGGAGCAGCUCCAGCUCAUACAGCAACAAUGUAGCCAGGAAAGCCAACUGAUCCAGUCAUUGCAGGUGGAGCACUCUGAGCAAGAGCAGAGAAUUGGUGACUAUGAGGAGGAGUUGUCCAGAGCCCGGGAAGAACUGCUCCAUCUGCAGGAGGAGACGCGUCAACUGGGAGACAAAGUUCAGUCUGCCCGUGCUCAACUCUGCCCCCUUGAGGAUGCCGUUAAAGAAUCACACUCACAGAUCGCUCAGGAACAGAAGCGACUGACCGAGCUUAAAACUGAGGAGAGAGAAGUGACUGCACGGCUUACUUGGAAAAUCCUAGAAGAGCCGGUGCUUGUCAAUGGAAGAGCGCCCUCCUCUGAGCAGCUGGAUCAACUGCAGUGGCCUCAACCCACAGCCCAGCCACCUGAGAAACCCAAAGAGGACAAAGUCCAGGAUGAAGAGGAGCAUUCGUCCGUGGAUGAGCCGCAGGAACUCAGAGUCACAGAGGAGCAGCUCGGGUCAGAGCCAGAAGAGCAGUCCACCAGCCCAGAGGAGCAGGAGCCUAAAGUUGACCUUUAUAGCGCUGACCUUUACAACAGUGGGUUAUCCACUGCCAGCUCCACUUUGAUGGCCUGGCCUCAGCCAAACACGGAAAGCACAACACAAGCUAACACAGAGCCAGAGGUAGAUGAAGAAAAGGAAAAGGCAGAGGAGCAGCCUGCUACCAGCACCCCAAAGGCGGAAAUUGUGGAGCCGGAAAAGAAGGAAGCUGCCCAGCCAGUCACAUUGCCACCCACUAACCCGCCUAGCGGUCCUGGCCUUGACUUCUUCCAUUCGGACCCUUUCACUGACACCAAACUUCUUUUUCCAGGUGAUCCAUUUACUGAAGACCCUUUCUCAAAAGUUGACAUUGCAGAUCCUUUCGGUGGGGACCCUUUUAAAGGCACAGACCCAUUUGCGGCAGACAACUUCUUCAAGCAGUCUUCAGCUGCUUUCCCAUCAGGAGAUCCUUUCGGUUCCUCUGACCCAUUCAGUGCCACCACAGGCCCAAAAGAGCCUGAUCCAUUCACUUCCAAGACCAGCAAUGCUGUCACUCCAGACCCGUUUGCUUCCGGUAGCGGUAACAUCGAAGACACUGAUCCAUUUGGAUCUAAAAUGGAUUCCCUGGGAGACUCUGAUCCCUUCAGCUCGACUGGCACAGGACACGACCCAUUUGGAGGAUCAGAUAUUUCUGCAAGAGAUGGACCAGCUGCAGCCAAUGAUCCCUUUGCUCCGGGAGGAACUACAGUGACCACUAAUUCAGACCCAGAUCCCUUUGCUGCAGUAUUUGGCAAUGAGACUUUUGUAGGAGGGUUUGCUGACUUUAGCAGCUUAGCAAAGUCUAAUGGCAGCGAUCCAUUCGACUCGAGUACAAACAAGAACCUAUUUAAGGAGGACACUCAGUCAGAUGUUCCUCCAGCAUUACCGCCCAAAACCGGAACACCCACCAGACCUCCACCUCCACCCCCAGGUAAACGAUCCAACAUCCAGCGAUCGGAGUCGUCCGAGUCAUUUCAGAGGCGUGGUCUGUUCAAGGCUCAGGGUUCUGGCGAGUUCUCCUCUCUCCCCGCUAAAGACUCGGUACCAGACCCCUUCGCCCCUUCCUCACCCCACCAAGCCCCAAGCGAUCCCAACCGAUUCGCCAGCUUUGACAAAUACCCCACAGAGGAGGACAUGAUAGAGUGGGCGAAGCGGGAGAGUGAGAGAGAAGAGAGGGAGCGCGUGGCUCGUCUGACCCAGCAGGAGCAGGAGGACCUGGAGCUGGCGAUAGCCCUCAGCAAAUCCGAGCUGUCCUGACCCAAGCUGGAUACAGCGCCACCACCAACAUCACCACCCGAGCCACAUUAACAAGGAGGAGGAGGAACAGAGGAAGAGCUGGAACUGCCACAAUUAGAAGAAUCAUUUCACCUGCAUCUCCAGCCACUUGAUAAUCAUAGGAUUCCAGCUUCCUCUGAAUGUCCACUGAGUUCUCCCAGUGUCCGGUUGGCUGGAUAAUGUAUGAAGGCUAAGUCAAGAUGGAGUAAAAGGUAACAGACUCAUUGCAGCCUAUGUGGCUUGAAAACAGGUGUGACUCCUUUUGUUUUUAAAUAACCUCAAAUUAAGAGAGCUCCACUAAUCUACACUUUCAAAAAAUAUAUAUUUUUAAAAAUCUGAUGUCCAGUUCAAUAUAAUUGAACAAGUGUUUCUGAACAAAUCUAUACCCGUCUACAGUUGAAGUCAAAAGUUUACAUACACCUUGCAGAAUCUGCAAUAUGUUAUUUUACCCAAAAAUAAGAGGGAUCAUGCAAAAUGCAUGUUGUUUUUUUAUUUAGUACUGACCUGAAUAAGAUAUUUCACACAAAAGAUGUUUUACAUAUAGUUCACAAGAGAAAAUAAUAGUUGAAUUUAUAAAAAUUACACAGUUCAGAAGUUUACAUAUGCUUGAUUCUUAAUACUAUUUUGUUAAUUGAAUGAUCCACAGCU